AUGUCCAGGGCUCGUCAUCCCCACCCUUAUCCACUAGCAUCCACGUCUUAUCACCAACCGUCCACCGACAUCGAUUCCCAUCGCAUGCGAGCCUCUGCUGAUCGUUGGCAGGCUGCUUCAUCCCCGCAUCCCAACUUUUCUCACGACAUUUACAUUCCCGAGUCGCAAGAGGAACUCAACAGGGUCAGCAUAGAGUCCCGCCUGCUUCAGCCCAGCGGUCCUUCUCAUAACCCAAACAUGAACAACCCCGACUUUACCUCGGUAUCGUCUACUUUUGAUACGUACGACCGUAUCGGGCGCGACGAUGUCCAGCCAUCCGCUAGACUCACCGUUGAUCCCGUCAUCAGCAGACCUUCUCGAACAUCCAGCAUGCUCAAGCCCUCAGAAGCACGUCUCUAUCAGCAUGAUGCAGACGAGAGUUUGAUCCCUGGCGUUGGCCGUGGCGUGCGCAGUACGAUUCCCUCUCAGACAUCGUACCAAGAGCGACUGCGCUCUCUCAACCAUCACGCUGCUCACGACCGCUACGAAUCUUCUCCGUCCAAAAGUCCCUACCAUCCUGGCAAGUAUUCUCGACAGCCCAUCGCAGCAACCUCUACGGUACGUCCCUUAUUGCAUCAAACGCGAGCGGGUGUAGCCCCUCGACAGGCUCACGUGGAAAGCGAGAGCGAGUCAGAAGGCGACUCGGCUAGCGAAUCUGGCGAAUCAGACGCCAUCAACAUCCGCACGACUACCUUCAGCAGCACCGGCAACCACCGCAACUUUGCAGCUACCCCAGUCGGUCAUACAGCGACCAUGACCACCAAUCUCCGCCAACGUCCAACGCUUGGACCGGACACGCUCGACCGCAUCGAGUUUGACAUCUACACCGACACCGAUGGCGAGCCUCGUGUGCACAGAGACACCAGACAAAAUCCAAGGCCACGCCCCGAUCCUUCAGGCCCGUUUGCUUCGCCACGUAUCGCCAAACCAUUUGGAUUGAACGCAGCCGACUAUCAACAGCAUCUAGCAUCCCGUACGCUCACCUCUCCUGCUCUGCGUACACUCAUUGGCGAUCGUUCCAAGAGCCCAGACAGCCCAACACCGGCGCCUUCCAUUGAUGGCGUUCUUCACGCUGGCAGGACCAAUGCACGAGAAGCACAACGUCAAGACAGGCAUCCACAGCCACGCACUACACGCCAGUCCCAUGAAUCCAUCAGCGCUUUCGAAGAUUUAGCACGUCGCUUGCAGAAAGACGUCGAGUCGACGCGCAGGAAUGCAGACGGCAAUGGUGAGGACAUGGACGAUGGAAGCGCAUCCAACUCGGGAGGAAGUGGCUUUGGUCCAGGCAGUCAAGCAUCUAGCGCUCGCACUCGUGUCGAACCGCAAGUCGCACCAAACGGAGCCAAGGUCUUGAACCCAGAACAGUUCGACUCGUACGGCUACCCUGCGCACCAGAAAGCGUCGACUCGUAAAGAUACCACCUCACCAUGGGGUGUCCGCUUGCCCGACGUCACUGGUCUCACAUCUGCCUUGGGCUCGCCAGUCAAAGCUCGCGAUACGAUCAAGCACAGACCGUUUGGCAGUGCCGUUGGCAAUCAAGACGCUCGUCUCGAGGAGCUCAUCAACCUGCGCUGUUUUGUAGAUGGUAUACAGACCGAGCUCGAUCGAGCAGGAGAAAAGAUCGUCAAUUUGGAACAAGCGCAAGAACAGCAGAGUCACGAUUUGCAAGGACUGCGGUCCGAAAUGCAAACAGCCUUCAAGGAUGUACGAGCUCCACAGCCUGCCUCGGAGGAGCAGCUCAUUCAGCGCAUUCUGCAAAAGCUGUCAGUCUCCAGCACGCAACAGUCACAUGAGAAAACGCAGAGCCAGAGCGAAACUCGACCGGAAGUUGCCGCCCACGCACAGAAUGGGGCUCAGCCCGAAGCACCGGUACGAGCAACCGAAAGGCCGCUCCGAGAGACGCACGAUGCUCAACAGCAAGAGAAUCGCAGCCAAGUCGAAGUUGUCAAUCGACUAUACGCCGAACUCGACAAACUGCGGAUGGCUAUGGAAGAGCAGUACCGCAGCAACGCAGGUUUUGACACGGUCGAAACACAAGUUCGAGAACAAUUUGAUGCAAAACCUCGCCGUGCAGCCUACAGGCACCAAGACAUCUUCCCGUCGGGACGUGAUCCGUGGGAAGCCAUCGAGGCUUUGCGUUUGCAAGUGCUAAAUCUCGCCGACGAAGUCGAAGGUCUCAACGGUCUUGUGCUCGAGCGCCUGACUCCCCCUGUGACCGUUCACAGGAAGAAAAUGGCUCGAUCAAGCACUGCGCGUAAGCAGCGCUUCGAGUAUGACGAAGAAGCACAUCCGGCUUCUGAUCCCGUCUACACUAGUCGAGGCGGCACUCCCGGUCGUAGAUCUGAUGCGACUAUGCCUCACGCUGAUCGAGUCGAGAUUCGCACCGAUCCGAUCGAUCAGGACAUGGACGAUCACUUCCAUCGUCGCCAUCCAAUGCGAUCUAGCCCUGCCCACCACGUAGCAGAAGAAAUGGACGAGUACGACCGAACGAUAGAUGCUGUUGGCGAGAAUCUGCGGUUGCAACGUCAAAGGCAGCGUCAUCGUCAUCAUAACACCCCGCCACCUGCUCCAGCUGCGGAAACGAUGCAAGAGCUCUCGGACAACGAGAUCUCGCAACUUGCAGAAACACGUGCCAAACUGGCUGCAGCUCGGCUGAACUGCUCAAGUCGGCAAACGCACGAGUCACGUCUCUGUAGCGUAUGUUGUUCGCAGAUGCGAUCGGAGAAACGGAAAGCGUCUCGACGAGCACGCUUGCUGCAAGCGGAACAACGUCGUGAAGCGGUGGAGUUGGAAGAAACAAUCCUGCUCGACACACUGGACCCGCCCUCGGGUUCGAAACGAGGGAGCAUCAAUGCCGAGCAGAUGCAAACGCUCAACGUGAUACUUCAAGAACACUGGGACGAAUUCGUGCACCAACGAAUGCUGUACUCGGAACUUGCCGACGAGUUGAAGAGUAUCAGUCCAGCCAUGAGUCAGACCAAGCGAAAGAUCCUCGCCCAACACGUGCUCGAAGCAGUGGAGCUCUUGGAGGUCAAAGCUGACCGCAUCGAGAGGUUGGAAAAGGUUUUGCAGGCGAUGCAUGCAGAGCGACCGCAGAAGGUGCACGAGCAGGAGGCCAAAAAACACCCUGGUUCACGGCAGACUAGCGGCAACAGGUUGAAACACGCACUCGAGUCGAUGGAGAAGUCAACAAGAAGUGGAUCCAGCCAAAGCGCUGCAGCUGGCAGGAAUAGCCCUCCGACAACAACUCAGCUCUAG